UACUGCUAGAAGUCCUCCAAUGGCCGUUCCGAAUAGGAAUCGAAAUAUUGAAGGAUCUUCGAACAGGAACUCCUACGAUUCCAGUCACCGGCGGUUAGUGAAAAGAUCUUUUUUUUUUACACACCAGGAACUUCAGAUAGUGUUAUUCUUUAUCUUACUCCAGUGAGCACAUGUCUAAAACCAUCGAACAACUGUUGAUCUGUGGACUUUGUGAGCUGCGUCUAACCGUUCCGAAGAUGCUCAACUGUCAGCAUACAUUCUGUCUGGACUGUCUGGAAGAGACCCUCCACAAGCAAGCAGACAAGAGUAAGUGUUCUUCAGGACCCCUUUUAACACUAAGCAUAUUAAUCAUACCCUACUCGAUCUCCACAGCCUACAUCGGAUGUAUUACGUGUGGUACUAAGCAACUUCUUAAGGAUCCUGAUCUUACCGUCCUACCAUCGAACCUGCACAUCGACAACAUGUUACUAAUGAUGAACCCAGCACCUACCCGGCCCUCAUCACUUACUCGUACGCCGGGGGGAAGCUAUCAGUUGGAAAAUGUACGCAUGUGCACACUCACACGCCGAGACUCAUCUUAUCAAUGACAUUAUGUUGACCAUCAAUUAAUUGGUCACUUAUCAUGCUUUUCGGGAAGAUUGGAAAACAUUCCUCUGUUAUCAUACUUGCAAAGCAAUUUCGACCCAGGGAAAAUCAUUCAUGUUACGUAUUGGUCUGCUUGGUAAUUUUAUUUUUUGCAGAAUCUUGCCCCAACGCUACAGUGCUCCAAGUGUCAAACUGUGUCCGAAACGUCUCUGCACAAAUGUGAUCACUGCAUGUCGGUAAGUAUUAGAUGUGGAUUUACUUAACUGCUUUUUAUGUUUUCUUUUAUGUUCUUAUGAAUCUUUCUUUUAUGUUUUAUGAACUAGAUUGUUGUUUAUCCUUAUUUGCUGAGAUUUGGUUUUUUAUUUGUUUAAUUAUCUGCUUUCGAGAAUUUGUUUUGUCUUUGUACUUAUAUGUAUACCAUUGCGUAUAUUAUUAGGUUUUCUUUAACUUUUUUUUACAUUAUUUAGCACUUUUUUAAUUUCAAAUUUAUUUUUAUCAAACCUGUUUGGCCUUUAGUUUGCAUUAAAAUAAUAUUGAUAAAAAUAUGAAAUUGAUACAGAUGCUGGUGAAUAUUUCACUGACGGUGUAAUUAUAAACAAAAUUCACUUGAUUGAAAAGAAAAUUUACAGAAAUACUUUCAACCAAAAGCACGAAUGGCAUCCCGCACGAAUUUAAUUGUCGAUUUCUUAUUGUCCUGCAAAACAUUCCCAAAAUUGGUUUGUAAACUUCCAGCAAAGAAAAUGCCAUACGAAACAAGUUCUUGCGUGGUGGCUUGCGUGAAGUAAAAACAAAAUAAGAAAAAACAAAUUGUUAACAAAAAUGAGAACAGGUAUCAUUAGCACACAUGGCCAAAAAUAAGCGCACGCCAUUCUCGUUUUCGUUUGCAGAUGCUGUGCGCAAUCUGUUGGCUCGCUCACGUGGACGAGCUGGCGCGCCAGGUUCGGCAGCUGGAUGGUCAGCUAAAGUCGGCCAUCGAAAAAUUGGACCAUAAAAUGAUUGAAUAUAAGAGCCGCUUUUCCGAGAUCAACGACGAGAUAAAGGAUUAUUUUCGCGACAAAAUCCUCGCCCUUCAACAGCAACAAACGGAACUAUUAGGUUCAUCGCAAGGAAUACUAAACGAUGCGGUCUGUUCGCACGAAGUGGUAAGGGCGAAAAUUGACCAACUGAUGGUAUCGAUUGGGCGCCCGAUCGUUGGAUCAUUGGAUCCGGUCCAGGUGUACCUUAAGCUGCACAAAGAUAUGUCUAUCAUUUUGGAGGAGGUGUCACUAUGGGGUCGUGAGCGUGUCAUUUUUAAUCGGGAAAAACUAAAGGUGGAGUCCAUUUUUGACACCACACCUGUAACAAUCGUAAAGCCUAAUACGGUUGUUAAACCUUCGCUCAAGCAUCAGUUACAUCCGAACUCAUCAGAGCUAUCGGUAACACAAUUUUAUAAAAGCCACGUUUACAAACCCAGACUGCUCUGGGAUCACUGCCAGCGUCCGACCGGUGUUGGAUUUGCACCCUGGAACCAUGCGGGAUUGGAAAAGCCACUUCUUUACAUCGCUGGAUCUGAAUGUCGUAUCGUUUUUGGAAUAGAUAAAACCAACGGUCACAUAGUGCAGAAGAUAACACACGAUGAGCUAAGCUAUCCACAAUGUAUCACGUUCGAUCCCGAUAAGAGGGAACUGUUAGUUACGGAUAAGUGGAAACACUGUAUUUUUGUGUUUUCCCACGAUGGUCAACUGAUUCGAAAGCUUUGCUCGAAGGGUGAUCAAGCUGGUCAAUUGAGAUCACCAGAAGGGAUUGCAUUCUGUCCGAGUGGUUUCAUCUUCGUGUGCGACACUGGAAAUGAUAGAAUACAGUGUCUUAGCCCCAGCGAUGGCAGAGUUUACAGCCAAUUCGGACGCCUUACGAAAGAUCAGCUCGUGAAGGGUACGCUAUCGAAAAUUUCCUCGCGCAUGGUGGAUCUGAAGAAUCCUACCGACAUCGUUGUGCAGAAAGAUUCCAUAAUAGUACUGGAUGCUGGAAAUCGUAGGGUGAAACUGUUCAACAAGUGCGGCGAACAGUUGCUAGAGUUCGGUCAAACCGGUACGAUCAACGGUCAGUUCCAGUAUCCGGAGGUGAUCGGUGUGGAUCCGGCCGGUUUUAUCCUCGUCGGUGAUGGAGGCAACGCGAAGGUUUUAGUCUAUCGCCCGAACGGACAGUUUGUUACGGCGCUCGGAUCGCGUGGUGACUCCGCAGGGAAGUUUAACUGGAUUUCAGGCAUUUGCGUUAGCAAAGAUUGGGAAAUUGUCAUCAGCGAUUACAAAAACCACGCCGUGCAACUGAUUUUCUAAAAGGCGCA